CGAUCUUAAAAUAUUUGACGUAAAAAAAAAUACAAUUACAAAUGGCGUUUACGUAGUGUAGACAGAUGUGUUCACGGCCACGAUGGGCGAUGAUUCUUUGAUAUUACGAGAAGAUGGCUAUAUACGUAUGAACUUUCCUGUUACUUCUCUCGCGUAUCAUAGUAACUUAAAUAUAAUUUUGGUGAAGACCGACGUUGGUAGUGUACACGUUUUGGAUGUGAACUCGGGUGUGAUACUGCAGACUUCUUGUCUGUGCGCGGACAAUGGAGGCGCUCUGGGCGUGGAGUACGCGCCGGGCGCAGACAGGGUUUUCGUGUGGGACAGCAGUGGGGUGGGCGCCCGGAACGAUUACAACGGCGUGCUGUUGCUGCAAACGGCACUCCAGAGGCCGCUUCCGUCCUCACAACCUGACAAGUGCAUUUCUAUAGAGCUCGUUCUCUCUGAGGCUGUCCUUCUGUACCAAUGCCUGCAGAGUCUCGACGCCCACUCGAUCGAGGGCCUCACAGACUUCAUCAAUGAGCUAAAAAACGCCAUAGAUGCUGAGCCUGCACGCAAGGGUGUCAAGGCGCAGAAGUGGAGCACAGUAACAAUAUGUCUGCCACAAUCCACACUGCGCCUGGUGACCACCAGCGUGGUGCAGGAGCUGAAGGGGCAGAACCGGCGGAUACCGGCGCUGGCCAUCGCGUCGGCGGUCGGCCAGCGCGCCAACGAGCUGGUGCCGUGCUCGCGCGACGAGGAGUCCAGGCCGCUCAUGUACUCCGAGGCGGAGAGGAAGGAGACCUUCAAGCGGUGGCCGCACAUGGACUACAAGUGGGCGCUGCCGGCGCGCAUGGCGCAGGCGGGGUUCUACCACCAGCCCACGCCCAGCGGCGACGACCGCGCCAUGUGCUUCACGUGCCUCGUGUGCCUCGUGUGCUGGGAGAAGAGCGACGAGCCGUGGGUGGAGCACGAGCGCCACUCGCCCAACUGCCCCUUCGUGCGCGGCGAGUACACGCACAACGUGCCCAUAUCGGUAACAAACGCAACAGCAUGCGCAGUGCCGUUCCCAAACCUGACUGUGGUGUCGAAGGGCAACACGGGCGACCUCAUCGCGACCGGCUCCUCAGAGAGCAAGGUCAACAUCUGGAAGUUCGACUGUGGACUCAAACUGGUUAAGUUCAUCAACCUAUCGCCGUACGACUCCAUCUUCAGCGGCAUCUUGGCCACGGACAGCAACAAAGUGUGGUCCACCAGCUUGGAGAAGGAUAGUUGUGUUUUUACUCCAGCCACCUACAGCAUCGACCUCACAGCCAUGGCGUUCGUCGGCAUGACGUCGAAGCAAGAGAUCUAUCCGCAAGUGCAGACCACGGAAACUACUGAGAAAGAGACCAACACGAAUAAAACAAAACCAUCGCUAAUAUGCGCAGUCACAAUAACUAGGACCAAUGCCGCGCAGUCCGACGUGCCCAUCGAAGAGGACAGUAGCAAAGCACUCUUCGACUCUGGAGGGGAUCAGUCAGAGGAGAGCAUCCAAGCGAUGAACGACCAUAAUGAAGCCAAAAACAACCUGACCACAGACAAAAUGCUGUUCCUGUUAACGUAUGACAUACAUAACUCUCAGGCAGGGUCGAUAACAACCGUCGUCCAAACGUCGAACAGCAGCGGCCAUUCUAAACCCGGUGGUAGUAAGAAGUUCUGUACCGUAGCACGGACUGACGACGCUAACAUCUACGACGAGAUUUACCUACAGUACUCUGACGAGGAAACCGAGCUACCGCAGUGCACAAACACGUUGAUAGACGAACAGAUCAGCAACGUCAUCAACCUUAACGCGUCAUCGAGUAAGGACGACUGCAAGAUAUGGGAGCCCAAGAAGAUCAUACUCACCAAACACUUUAAAGUGUUGGGCCCGCCGCCGUCGUCUCUGUUACCUGAACUGCAGGAGGCCGGCCAAGCUAGCAUGUUCGAUUUCGUUGGAAAGAUCUCCCAGCUCAAAAGCUGGAAGGGUAACAUCGAGUCAGUAGGUACGAAGCUAGCAGAUCAGACUGAUGCUGUGCUGCAGCAAGCGGAUCCCAUCACUCACUACCUGCACAUGAAUGGACCGUUAGAGAUCUCGGAUCUGAAGUGGUACGAAGGCGGCGAGGGCACUGAGAAGGUGAAAGUUACCACGUUUGGAGGCAGCAAAGUGGGUACACAUACUCACGCUCAUCCCGCAGUGAGUAAUAGCAACAACGACGCCUUUGACACCGAUCCGCAUCAGGAAGAAGCUGUGACUCAAGGAGUCGCCAUCCAAUGCCUUAGUCUUCCAUCAAAAUUAAAUCUAAAAGAAGAUUCUAGAGUCACUCACUUAUUCCCGACUGAGGAUAAGGAACAUUUGCUUGUAGUCAUAUCGUGCAUAGAUCCCACGAGAGUCAAAAUGGACAUGGACAUUGACAGCGACGGAGACAUCAGAAUGGAUAUUGAUGAAAUAACAGAAAUAUACGGGAAGAAAGUGGAAUCCAAAACAUAUUUCCUCCUGUUCAAAAUCAAUAACAAGACCUCGGUGUACACAUUGGAAGAUAAUCCGGUGUCGAUAAAAGAACUACCGUUUCAGGAGAGCCCUGUUGAUAUGUGCCUUCUUCCAGCGGACAAACACGACCAGUUUUCGUUUGCGACAGUAGGCCUCGAUGGCUACUUGAGAAUGUAUUCAUUACCUGACUUUAACGUAUUGGCAGAGAAAAAUGUGCCCAAAGGGAUAUUCAACUCAGUCGCGUACUGUACCUCGGUGGAACGGCUCAGUGUGGCCACUAAAGACGGCAUGAUUUACUUCUACGCGUUGAACAACGGCGAGAAAGAUUCUACGGGAGAACUGGAUGAGGAUGAGUUUGCUAACAUUGACUUCGACAUGCUGCAGAGGGCGCCGCGAGACGAGGUUUGCGGUCCCACUACUGCACCAGUCAUCAUCGCAAACAAAGCCGAACUUGACAAGAGCGAUCUGGACACUUUAAUCACAUUGACUGGAUCAUACGGGACCAACACGACGGUGCCUUACAGUGCAGUGGUGCCUGGUUUCUGGUGCGAGCUGUCGCCUGCACAGCGCCCGAGAUCCGACCACCAGAACAACAGAACCUGGCGAUUACAGAACACCUCUUCCACUUGGGACGAGCAUGUACUUGAACUGACUCUGCCAUACAGCGUGUCCCUCGCUCACAUUGAAUUUGGUUUCACGCUCCACACAGCAUGCUCAGCAAACCUCCCAGUCAUUUUAGUCACACUAUUGAAACAAAACCUGCAUGGAGUUGGCUACAAAAAGGACGCUUCGUUCGGCCCUCGUUCAGAUUCGCCAGUGCAUUUCCCCGUCGUGGAUGCCGAUGUGUCCAGUCUUGAAAUACCAGUCACCAGUGAAGAGUACUUGCAAGCUCAUAAUGCUGAGAUCCUAGCUGGUCCCUUACUUCUGUCAUCAGGUCUAGACUUGACUCAGCAGUCUGGAACCCUGAUAUUGACAAGCCCGCGUUUAUACAGAGCACGAGGAAGGACUUUCCUUAUUCACAUAAAGACACUAUACGAUCCCGCAAAAGAUAUGAACAAAGGAACUAAGUCUGGAGAUAAUGGUUCUAAGAAAUCUGGUUUUAUUGGCUGUGAUUGGUUGCAUCAAAUUUCUUUGACGGUUCGCGCGUGUCCUCACACAGACGUGCCAAUGGAGAGGCAGCAACGCAUCGCGAUGUUGGAAUCUAACUGCUUCCUGACCACGCUUUGUGAGAUCGCUAUCGGAGACAGCGACGGUGACAAACGGAAGAUGGCGUUGGACCUCAUUAUAUGGGUGGUGUCCAUAAGAUUACAGAGGAUGCGACUGGCCAAGGCAGAUAAGAGCAAAGACAAGAAUACGGAAAUGCAACAAAUGGAGUGUGUGAAGAUUAUAGAGAAAUAUGCAGAUGCCUUGAUUAAAAAUUGCAUGUUGUGUGGCAAUAGAAGCCUGGCCAAGAAAUGUAUGAAGAUCAUGCUGAUUACAAGCGAGGGUGAGAAGCACUUGCCGAAGCCGUGGAAGGGCUCGUUCUCGGGCGUGGUGUCGGCGGCGGUGAGCGCGUGCGUGCCGCUGCUGGGAGCGGCGCAGUGCGCAGGCGCGGUGCGGUGGGUGGUGGCGCUGGCGCAGGCGGGCACGUCCCGCGCGGCGGCGCCGGCGCUGGUGCAGCGCUGCCUACCGCUGUUAGAACGCGCCGCCGUCGAGCUCAGGGCGCGAGCGCUGCCACAUCAUGACUUGUUGCGUGCCAGAUUCGGACUAUACGGGCUUCCUCUGGAGCGAACGAUUUUCGCGGCCGACGUGCCGGAGUUGGGCCGAAACCCCGCCAAUCCUAGCAGCUAUUCUAACUCCCUGCUGAACGACACCAACCUGCCGACCGGCAUGAAGAGCGACUACCAUCUCAAGGACCUGCUCAACAUGCCGCUCGAUAUGGGAGAUGGUAAGAACCUGUCCUCGAACGCGUGGUGGGCUCAGAACAACGGCGUGGUGGUGUUCGGCGCGGGGCUCGGCGAGGCGAUGCCGCUGCACGUCACCUGCCACAUGGCGUCCGACGGCACCAAGCUCGAGUCCUUCGGCGUGAGGAUGCACCCCGCCGUGGUCAACUCCAUGCCUGGAUCGGGACCCGGGGACUCGCAGCAGCUCUGGAAUAUCGUGAAGGAAGAUCAGGUAAAGCAAUCGUCCCAAGACCCUGACUCUUCUGAGGACGUCGAGAGCUCGAUGAUGGACUGCGACCCGCAAGACAAGAUGGAAUUCUCGGAGGAAAAAAUUUUGAGAGAGCAGGAGCAGUGCACGAUCCCGUGGGCGUCGCUGGUGGCGCGGCCGCCGCAGCACACGCUGGUGGUGGAGCGCAUGCACUCGGGCGCGCGCCGGUACAUCGUGCUCGGCUUUGGACACACCGUGCGGCUCACCGACGUCAUAAUACCGUUCUGCGCGGACCUGGUGACGCUGUGCAUCGACAUCUGGGUGACGAGCGAGGAGGCGGACUGCGUGAAGCUGGCGUUCGCCACCGACAUCGCCACCAAGCACCUCGUGCUCACCGACAUACAGCCGCCGCCGCUCUGCCGCUACAUGAAGAUCACAACAAUAGGCCGCUACGGUAUGUCGGCGACCAAGUGCAAGAUUCCUCUGGGCUGGUUCUACGGCGAGAUUGCCGACAUCGCCAAUGUCCAGGCUUCCAUCAACGCUUUGCAUGCUUUGCACGAGGAUCUCUCUUGCAGAUUCAGAUUGGCCACGGGCAAACUCAUAGACUUACUGAACCCUUACCUGGACUUGUACAACGGUAACGCCGGUCACAUGAUGGCUUACCUCAGCACCAACACGGACGCUGACUCCAAGGUGGUGACCGCUUACCAGGAGUGCAUAGAGUUGCAGCAGCAGAUCCACACAUGCACCAACAUCCUGAAGAAGCUGCAGAACAACACGGACGACAAUAGAAGUGUAUUGGAUUUGAUUGAGAGGGGACAGGUGUCGUCCGAGAGUCUAAUCCGUUCGGCCUCGACUGACAAGCUGCGCGUCAUCUGCGAGAAUGUGGUUGAUAUGCUGCUCUAUUUCUACUUCCAAAUGAGUGAUGUGCAGUACGCGCCGGUGUCGCUGGAGUGGACGGCGCGCGUGACGCCGCUGGCGUGGGAGUGGGGCGGGCGCGGCGCCGGCGCGCUCGGCACGCUGCUGGCGCGCGCCGCCGGGCCCGCGCGCUGGUGGGGCCGCCACCUCGCCGACACGCUCACCGACGCCUUCGCCGCCGCCGACGCGCCGCCGCUACCGCUCGACAGAAUCCUUGUGCUGGUGAUGUACAUGUGCCGCAAGAGUCUGUAUUCGCACGCGGAAGGCACCGAAGUAUGCGAGGGUGGUGAGGGCGCAGGCACGAGCCGUGACUCUGACGAGGAUGAGUUGGGUGGUGGCGUAACGGCGGCGUUAGCGGCGCGUGCGCUGGCGCUGGUGCGCGCAGGCCGGUCACAGCCGGCGCUGACGGCGGCCGUGCUGACGGCGCUGGCAGGCGCGCUGGACGCCGCCGCCGCGCCAAACCAGUCCUCCACUUCCAGUGCGCACAGCCGAUGGGACUGGGUGACUGGAGGCCGACCAGGCAACACCAACGGUUCUGAAAACUCAACAUCAUCGCCACGCGGAGGCGAGUGCAAGCUGCACCGACGCAAGCUGCACAAGAAGCUGCUGCAGCAGAUGCAGGACUUGGAGACCACCAGACGAGGCAUGGUAGCGCUUGAAGACCAGCAGUUAUCCUUCCUGUUCCAGCGAACCCGUUUAAGCCUUAAAGCGCGCAUGGCGAUGCUGGGCAAGCGCAGCGGCGGCAAGGCGGAGGCGGGCGCCGACGCCGCGCCCGCGCCGCGCGUGCUGUGCGCCGCGCGCGCCGCCGGCCUCGCGCACGCGCUCGUCGCGCACAUGCUCGCCGCCGACAGCGUCAGCGACGCCGACGCGCUGCUGCUCUGCGCCAAGAUCGUUGGACGUCUGUGUGCAUUGUCCGGAGGCUCGAGCCUUUUGGAGCCAUCAUCGAUACUGGGCAUAGCGAGGCUCGCAGUCACGCUGCCGCCGUGGCCACGGCACGCUCUCACCACACUGCUACAGGAUCUAGUAGAAUUCGAAGGCGGCGACUCCCAAUCCAGCUCACCGAGUGACGACUCGUGGGGCGGAGGCGGUUCCAGCUCCCGCGUGAUAUUAGUAACACCGGACAAGAACGCGCGAGGUCCUGGCAAGACUCCGAGGAAGACCAAAGGACCCACUGUCGCUGAUUUGCUAGCGGAUAGUUUUGGUCUGGCGAAGACCGCCAAGCCCAAUGUAACAUCGGGAGGCGUCCUGUCAGCAAUAUCGAUAAAGGACCUCGACGUGGACGUGCAGCUGACGCAAGUAGCGGAGUCGGACGACUCGGAGUCGUCGGAGGACAAGCUCGAACAGUACUUCCUGGACGCUGUCAAGAAGGACACAAAGAAUAAAUUUGUCGUUGACAAUAAUACCAGUUUGUCCCACAGUAACAUCUCGCAGUGCUCCGACGCGCGGCUGGAGAGCGCGGGCGGCGGCGCGGGCGGCGCGGGCGAGGGCGCCGCUCGCCGCGCCCUCCUCGCCACCGGCAACGUGCUCGCCGUGGCGGUGCGCACGCCGCCGCCCGCCCCGCCACCGCUCGUUAUAUCCGCCCCGCCCGCCGCCUCCGCCUCCUCCGCCGCGGGCGGCUCCAGCGGCGCGGGCGGGUCGAGUGGAUCCGCGCAGUUCGCUUCGGCCUCGACCGCUGCCGGCUCCUCGUCGGCCGCGCCGCAGCGACACCAUCCGCCGCUCACGCACACGUUGUACGACGUGUUCAGACAUCUCGCGCUCGAGUUUCACAAGCAGACGGAGUGCGCGUUCAUGGAGAACGUAGUGUCUUUGUGGCUGACGCUGAACGGGUCGUCGUGGGGCAGCGGCGGCGCGUGGUCGGUGGCGGCGCUGGCCGUGCCCGCCGACACGCCGCGCGUGCGCCUCGCCUCCGACACCGCCACCGCGCUGCUGCAGUCGCUGUGCACGUUGGAAAACGUAACGCUGAGGUGUUGGGUGCUGUCGAUGCAAGCGCUGGCGUGGAUUGCAAGUUUGCCUUUACAGACAGAGGGCAGCACUCAGACGAUGGGUCGCGUGAUACUGGAGUGUGAGCACUUCGUGCCGGCCAUCGUGAAGUUCGUCACCAUGAACGUGAAUACGGACGGCUCUGUCGUCACAUCGGAACCUUAUUUGGGCGGUGCUGGAGCCGGCGCAGGAGCGGGUGCGGCGGCGGCGCUGCACUCGGUGAUGUCGCGCGUGGUGUGCGCGCGCGGCGCGGCGGGCGCGCUGGCGGCGCUGCGCUGCGUGUGCGCGGCGUGGCGCGCGCCCGCACACGCGCCGCACUCGCCCGCCGCGCCCGCGCUCACGCCCGCCGCCUACGACCUGCACGCCGCGCUGCUGCGCCUGGCGCAUCCCAUGCUGCAGGUGCUGUCGCCGAGGCAUGCGCAUCACGCGUUGCCGCUAUUCGACUCUGUCGCUCAAAUGUCGUCAUCUUGGAUCCGCGAGAGUGGCGGCAGCCGCGGCGAGGGCACGGAGCUGGCGCGGCAGUCGGGGUUGCUGGCGGACGUGCUGGCGGGCGGCGGCGGGUCGGCCCGGCGGGCGCCGCUGCGCCGCGCAAUUUUGGCGCAGUUGCUGUACUACUGCCGCAAACUGCUCGCUGUACCGUUGCCGCCGGCGCGCACUCCUUCCGCUUCGACAUCGCCGAACGUGCGCGCAGGCAGCCCGGAGCAGGCGCAGGCGGCGCAGACAGACGAGAGCAAGGCCAAGCACAGCGCGCAGCACAGCAUCAACGUCGACGACGAGCGCAAGCAGCAGGCGGCGCGUGCGCCCUGCCUUGCUGACUCCGUGCUCCAACAGCACGCGACGAUGCACAAGUUCUACAGAGCGCUGAUGUUAUGUGACGGCAUGAACACUGUGCUACUAAAUUCAGACAAAAACAUGAUGGACAUUUCAAUGACAACGGAGUCUGCAUCACUCAAGGAGGAGAUGUUCUGGCUGGUGUCGCACAUGAUCACAGUCGCUUCCAACCCCGCGCUCAUGGUCGCCAGCUUGAUGGAGUUCCUCAAGAGAGAAGAAAUUGUAAAUCUGUCACAAGGAAUGCAGUUACUUAUUAUCCGAUUACUGGACAAUCCCGAAGCUCUGAACGCGUUUAUUGACGCCGGUGGUGUGGAGCUGUCAGUGGAGAAACUUGUAGCUUGCCACCAGUCCGGUCCAGGCACGGGACAGGGCCUCGUCUCUUCCCUCAUGAACUAUCUCAAACUGCCGCCGCAAAUGAUCAACAUGUCAACCCCGGCCAACUCAAACAACAAGAAAAACUCGCCGCCCGUCAUUGAGACUGCUAAUGGCCUGAUCAACAUCGCGCCUCUGUGUACGGUGUCAUGCGGCAACCCCACUGCGCAGGCGGCGGAUGUUCUGCUGGAGGGCGGCGGCGGGCCGCGUGGCGCAUGCGCAGCUCGGCGUGUGCGCGCGGCCGCCUGGUCUUAUCACUUUUUCAGCGCCGACGACGCCUCGCUCGCGCUCACGCUCACGUUACCCUACGCCGUGCAGUUGCAUGAGCUGCAACUGCAGCCGCAUCUCACUAGCCUCGCCACAUGUCCGGGCGCAGUAGCCGUAGAAGCCGGUUGUGGCGGUACGCUGGCGCCUCUCGGCCCGCCGCAAAACACGGCCGGCAUGACCUUCAUCCGACUGGUGGUGUCCCGGCCGGUGCUCUGUACCACUGUGCAAGUGCGUCUUUACAAGCCGCGCGACAGUUCCAAUAUGGGUCUACUACAGUUGCGCCUAUUCGUUGCGCCCGCAUUCAACGUGCAUCUACCCGCUGCUGGCAACACCAACAAUUGGGCGGGCGUAGUGCGUGCGUGUGUGCGCGCGGGCGGUGCGCUGGGCCCGCGCUGGUCGGCGCUGUGUGCGCCCGGCGCGGUGGGCGCGCUGUGCGCAUGCGUGGCGGCUGCAGGCGCGGGCGACGCGGCGCGUGCUGCACAUGCGGCGCACGCGGCGCUGUUGGCUGCUGCACGACACCAUCCACCUGUUUGUGCGCCGCUGCUCGCCGCAUUGCUUGCUGCCGAUGCGCAUGCUCAUGCCAAAGCGUUCCAAUCGUCGGGCGCUCGUUGGAACGCGAGCACUGGCGCGGUGUGUGCGCUGGCGCGGGCGGUGUGCUCGGCGGGCGGGGCGGACGCGCCGCUCACGUACGUGCGCUGGCUGGCCACCGCCGGCGAGCGCUGGCUGCGGUCCCGCACCGCGCCUGCCGCGGCCUUGUUACACACGCUGGGAGCGGUGCUAUGGACGCUCAAAGAAAAGCAAAUUUUGGACAACCUAGAGGAGAUAAUAACGGACGAUCUUUUCGAGUUGGUGUACACGUGGGUGACUGACGUGCCCGAGGACACGCUUCUCAAGAAAGCCCUCGACGCUAUUCUGUGUUCGAUGUGCUACAUACGACCGGAGUUGUUUAGGAUGCUGCUCGAGCAUAUGGACAUUCCGAUGGAUAAUGAUGACAGCAUGGAGGGCCUGACGGACGACACGAAGGUGGCGAGCCCCGUGGCGGCGGGCAGCAGCGGCGGCGGCGCGGCGGGCGCGGGCGGCGGCGCGAGCGACAGCGCCGCGGCGUGGCGCGCGCGCGGCUGGCAGCUGCACACGGCCGCCGUGGCCGCGCUCUCGCCCGCCGCUGCGCUCGCGCUGCUGCACUCGCGACUGCCGCGCGCCAUCGUGCACGCGCUCACUGAAUUCAGUGAAGCCAAACUAGAGAAACUCAAAGGAAAAUGUGACUCUCAAGAGGAUAUUACUAUGACCGAAGCUGGAAAAACCGCAAAACACAUCGCAGAACAACCGUCGAUGAAGAAGGUGUGUCGGCUGGUGGAGUGGGCGACGCUGGUGUGCGCCGACCGUCGCAUGAAGGACUGGCUCGGCUCCACCGGCGCCUGCUUCUGGCGCCCGCUGCUCAUGAUGUUGUGCUACCCACGAGCUGCCAACAGCACCUGGCAUGAAAGCUCUCAGUACGCUCGCCUGGAGGAGAACACGAUUCGUUUGUUCUCGGAGUUGACCGUGUGUCAUCCCGCAAAUCAGAAAUUGUUCGCGUCCACACUGCACAGUAUUCUCGAGUCGCUGCAUUGUACGGGUCCGGAGGGUAUCAGCGGGUUCACGCGUGCGCUGAUCCUGCGCCUGGUGUUGUCUGCGGAGCGCGCGCGCGUGGCGCUGCGCUGGGCGGGCGGCGGCGCGGCGGGCGCGGGCGGCGCGGAGGGGCGCGCGGGGGACGCGCUGCCCUCCGCCUCCGCACACCCCUCUGUGGAGUGCCACGCGCUGCUGUCGCUGCCACUGCACACCACCGUGCGCGCGCUCGUCUGCGAGGGCACCGCCAAUGCAUCAGUAAUAGAAGAAGCGAAAGCCAGCAACAGCGGCACGUCAGGAACGGCGUCUGUGCUGCGCAGCGCGUCUGACACCGCCAUCACUACAGUGGCGGAGGCGUGGGAGCUCAGCCUCGCCGCUGCCAGCGCGUCCAAGGACAAGCGCGUCAAGGACGUGAAGAACACCUCGCUCAAACACCAGAACAACAAGAAGAGACAGAACAAGAUCAACGAUAUUAUCACCAUGUCCACUGUCACUGAAGACAUGUUGGACUCGAGUAUCCGCGUUCAAGUGGCGGGCGUGGAGGGCUUCGUGCCGGGCAACGUAACGCUCGGCCAGCUCGCCGCCGUCGCCACGCACGGAUACGGGCCACAUCUCACCGUCACCCUGCAUCUCACCUCUAGCGGAGAAGGUACAUACAAUUCAUCGUGGGAGAGCCCAGAGGGCUCUAGCAUUAACAGCAGUGGUAGCGCCAGCGUGGCGGGGAGCGGAUCUGUGCUGCGUGCGUUCGGCGCGUGCGGUGGCCUAGCGCUAGUGGCCGCGCGUCUUCCGCCGCCCCACGCGCCGCCGCCCGACCCGCCUGCACACCACCACCACCACGACCUCGACUGGGUCAAGCUCGACGACCCCUAUGAGGAGGUGGUGGAGCUGGGAGCGACGUCCGGCAGCAGCGGAUCAGAGGAGGCGGGAGGCGCGGGUGUGCCGACGCACGCGCUGUACGCUCUGGGGCUGCUGUUGAAGUUACCCGGGUAUGCGGACGCGCUGCUCGACGAGGGCGCGCCCGCCGUGCAUCUGCUACGGCUGCUGCUCGGCGUCACACACGACGAAGAUGGACGCAGCAUAGCAGUGAGCGGCGGCGGCGGCAGCGCGGGCGCGCGCUGGUCGCUGGGCACGCUGCCGUUCCGCGUGGUGUGCCGGCUGCUGGAGGCGGCGCCGCGCGGCACGGACGACGGGCUGGCGCUGCGGCGCGCGCUGCUGCGGCUCGGCGCCAUGCGGCUCGUGCUCGCCUGCCUCGCUGUCUUCACGCACCAUCUGCCUUCCUCGUCCGAGAAUAGUCAAGCAUCAAACGGUUCUACGGGUAAAUCUGAAGACAAGAGCCAGCUGUACUGGGCAAAGGGCACAGGCUUUGGCACCGGGUCGACUCAGCAGUCGUGGAACGUGGAGCAAGCGCUCAUGAGGCAGAGGAUCGAGGAGGAACACGUCACCGUACUGCUGCAGGUGUUAGCGUCGUACAUGAAUCCCGGAGAAGUGUGGCCGCCAGAAGACGAGGGCCAGGAAGGCUCGGAGGCGGAGGACAAGCCGGUAGCGAGCGACGCGGACGGCGAGGGCACUGACUUGCCGCCCGAGUUCAUCGACCUGUUGGUGAACAGUUCGCUAGUGCCGGCCAUAUGCUCCUACCUUAGGAAUGAUUCAGUGCUGGACAUGUCGCGGCACAUCCCGCUGUACGUGUGCGUGCUGCGCGUGGCGCGUGCGCUGGUGCAGAGCGGCGCGCGCCGCCUGACGCCCGCGCUGCGCCCGCUGCCGCCGCUGCUCGCCAUGAUGAGCCGCACCACCGACUCCUACGCUGCCAAGCUUAAAAUGAGCAAGAAGAACAUAUUCGGAAAAAUGACGUAUAGCCAAAGAUUUUGUACAUCGAGUAAUACUGAGUUAUCGGAGGAAGACGAAGGACUGGCGUCGCUAAUUGCAGAUAUACAGGCGACGUCUGCGCUGGUGUGUCGCGGCUCGGAGGCGGAGAGCGCGCGCGGCGCGCCGCCCGCGCCGCCGCCCGCCACGCGCGAGGCGCGCUACAUCGACCUCAUGCGCACCAUGCAGUUCGAGCCGUACGAGAUGCUGGCGGAGUGCCUGGAGGGCGGCGUGCGGUUCACGGUGGCGCACCACUUCGAGGGCGCGGCGCGGGCGGCGGGCGAGCGCGCGCACCCCGCGCGCCUCAAGCGCCUCGCGCAGGAGGCCGCCACGCUCGCCACCAGUCUGCCGCUCUCCUACUCCUCCUCCGUCUUCGUGCGCUACGACACCGUGCGGCUCGACCUCAUGAAGGUGUUAAUAACGGGCCCAUCCGACACGCCGUACGCGAACGGCUGCUUCAUCCUGGACGUGUACUUCCCGGCUGAGUACCCGGCGGUGCCGAUGUUGAUCAACCUGGAGACCACCGGGCGGCACUCCGUGCGGUUCAACCCGAACCUAUACAACGACGGCAAGGUGUGCCUCUCCGUGCUGAACACGUGGCACGGACGGCCCGAGGAAAAGUGGAACGCGCACACGUCAAGUUUCUUGCAGGUGCUGGUGUCGAUCCAGUCGCUGAUCCUAGUCCCGGAGCCGUACUUCAACGAGCCGGGGUACGAGCGCAGCCGCGGUACACGCGUCGGCAGCAGCGCCUCGCUCGAGUACAACUCCAACAUCUACCAGGCGUGCGUGCGCUGGGCCAUGCUCGACCAUCUCCGCAAUCCGGAACCCUGCUUCAAAGAGGUGAUCCAAACGCACUUCUGGAUAAAGCGCAACGAAAUAAUGCAGACAGUGGCGAACUGGAUCACCGAGCUCGAGAGUCAGAGUGGCGACGAGCGGACGCAGCGCAGCAUACAGCUCAACCUGAUGGCGCUCAAGCGGCACUACGUGAAGCUGCAGGAGGAGCUGGCGAAGCUGCCCGUGCCGCCGGGGCUGGAGGACCUGGACGAGCCGUUCCAGCUGCCGUCGGCGCCGCCCGCGCCCCCCUCGCCCGCCGCCGCCGCCGCCGCACCCGCCGCGCCCACUAACGACGAGAUCGACCACGACAUGGAGAAGAUCGUCGCCGAUGUGCUAGACUGAACGGUCGCCGCCCGCUCGCCGGCCAAGAUUACUUUUAUACCAUAGUUACGUGUAAUGUUGUACAAAUAGCUCAAGUGUGUCGCGACGCAAUGAAAGUACGUGUCGGGAGCGCGCAGUGCGAGCACGCAUUUACCGUAGUCUGUAGCCGUGUGUAUCCGUCUGUACUCCCGUACGCGCUCGUACGCCUCCGUACGCGUCCGUACGCGUGCGUACGCACCCGCAGGCCCGCUCGUGUCGUGUCAGUACGCGAGUACGGUUCAUAUCUUUCUAGUGAGUUUAUUAUUCGUAAUAAAUGUUUUAUUUUGUAGUGGAGGAUAUUUUAUUAGGCAUUUAGGAUGUAUUUGGACCGGUGUUUAGUUUGACCGGUUCGAUGGUGAAGCGCGCCGGCGCUGUACCCUCUAUAAUAUAUAAACUUGUACACAUAUGUCCCGAGUGGUGUUUUAUAACUUAGCACAAGUAGAGUGAGCGGUUUCUCUGCAAUAUUAAUGCACUAUAUGUACCGGUGUAGAAAUUGCUGGUAUGCGUUGUGCCGCUUUGUAUUCUCCAAAUGUACGCUUCCGAGAUUGUAAUGAGCGCGCAAUGGAAGAUUUUUUCGAGGCAAUUUAUGUUUACCACAAUAGCUGUCUUCGGUGUUGCGAUGAAUCCGUUAUAUUUAUUACGCGAAAUGUAGCAAAUAAUAUGUAAUCGACGUCAAAGAUCCUUCGUGUACAUUGAAUCAUAAUUUGAUGUAUAUAAUUUUUUUGUUUAUUGUAACGCUCUGAAAGACGGUAUGAUAUUAAAUGAAUUUGCGUAUGAAAUCCGUUAGUAAAUUAUGUAAAGGCCUAGCCUCUGUGUUUAGCGAGAGAUGUUCAUUGGUGGACGUUCACAGCGGACGCGAUCCGCAUCACAUUCAUUUAUUUUAUUAAAUAUGUUCUUUUGACUAUAAUUUCCUUGUAACUGUCUUCAUUAGGUGUUCGUCUAUUCUACCUUUUUUAACUUGAGAGUCAAUAGGUUUUUGGAGUUGUAGAUAUUACUUACUGUUUCUCCCUGAUUUCGUUUCUAAUUUUUACUUCAAUCCAAGGCAUGCCUUGAAUGUCCAGAAAUGUGUAGUUAUAUAUAGAUUGGUUAGAACGUCGCACAGCGCUGUGAACUCCACGUGGUAUAGUCUACCAUUCCGGAACACGAUGACGAAAUUACUAUAAUAUGAAUGUAUGUACAUAAUAUAUAAAGUAUCAGUAGAAUAAUUUGUCUCUCACUGUACUUUCAUUGCCAGGUAAGUUGAACUUAGGAAGUUUCUUGUUAUAUUUGACUGUGAAUUUCGGAAUGUAAAUAAAAAUUUAUGUUAUCGCA